AUGCAGUUUUUGUUAUCACCUGAGAGUCAAGAGAAAUGUGGAUGGGCAACCCACCGUGAAGUGUAUCAGUUCGUCUACCUUCCCUUUGGCCUUAAAAAUGCCGGCGCCUACUUCUCUCGAGCUAUGUCUUGUAUAUUGGCAGGCUUGGAAGCCAAUUGCCUGGCCUACCUAGACGAUAUUGUUAUCUUAGACAAGGACUUCCCGAGCCAUUUGGCCUCCCUUAGGAAGGUCCUUUAUCGCUUUCGUUUGUUCAACAUCAAGGCUUCGGACAAGGCCAAGUUUGUCUGGGGAACAGAACAGGAGGAGUCCUUCCUCCGCUUGAGAGAGUGUCUCUCGUCCAAGCCUUGCUUAGCCUUUCCCCGCCAUGAUGAGUUUUAUCUGCACACCGAUGGUAGUCAGGCAGCCGUGGGAGCCGUCUUAUUCCAAAAGCAAACCCAGGAAGGGGGUCCGUUGGUUGUUGUAGGCUACUUCAGUAAAGCAUUAUCUGAUUCUCAGCGCAAAUGGAGUCCCACUCAUAUCGAACUGUUUGCCAUUAUAAGCGCACUUCGGUUCUUUCGUGCAACCAUAUACGGCAAUCACACUACAAUUCUUUCGGAUCACCGACCACUCACCUUUCUACGGAAACACAACCAUACUCAUGAUAACCUAGCCCGAUGGGUAGUUGAGCUUCAGAGUUACGAUGUCUCAAUCGAGUACCUUAAGGGGUCCUCGAACGUGAUUGCAGAUGCCCUCUCUCGUGUCACAAAUAGCCAGGUCCGCUUCUCGGACGACUCUCCGGAGUCUGACGACAUCAUGGAAUUCCCUGUGAGCAUUAAUGUGUGUAGGCCGAAGAUCCGCUCACUGCGAUCUCCGGUUGUGUUCGCAGGGAGUCUAGUGAACAUUCGUCCUUACGAUGCUUUAGUUGAGCAGAAAUCUGAUCCUAUGUGUUCAGCGAUAAUGACAUUGAUUGAGACGCAAAAGUUCCCCGAUCACCUUUCGGAUGCCGAAAAACCUGCCCUUCUAUCACUCUCUGAGAAGUGUACUAUUCGAAGUAACGGAUGUCUCUACGUCAGUGGAGCGUCUCGGGCUUCUGCAUCGCGAUUCGAGCGCUUGGUAGUACCGGAAAAGUUGCGUGAGCCUAUUUUCUUGGCACUCCAUGCUAGUCCUUCGGCAGGUGGGCACUUUCACUGGCGCAAAACAUUAGCCAAGAUUUCGCGGAAAUACUUUUGGCCGCACAUGGCAGAAGAUAUUUUUGCCCUGGUCCGCUCUUGUGUACCUUGUCAGCGUAAGAGAGCGCAGCAGAUGAACCGGGAGUGUCUCCUUCCGGUCAUCAGCGGCGCGGCUUUUGACAAGCGCCAUACCCGUGGAGAUGAUGAUUCUCGCGUCUAUGUAGGAAAUCUCGUGUCUACCCUUCACGCGGCUUGGAGGGCAGCAGCAGCUUAUAACGAGCGUCAAAGUCGCAAGUGGGGUGGGCGGGUGUGGCGCAGUCGCCGGUAUCCGGCAGCUUUCAAGUCUGGUGAAUACCUUAGCCGGGAUCCGGCAGCUUCCAAGUCUAGUCUUCCUUUCGACCGCAAGUCGGCCGACGACCAUUCAGUUCCUUCUCAUAGCCGGGAUCCGGCAGAUAUCAAGUCUAGCCCGUCGUCGACACAGGACGCUUCUGAAUCUCAGUGUAGCUUUUUCUGGGAGUCCGUGGGUGAAGCGAUGUCAACAUCUCACCUAGCUUUGUCUUCCUUUCCCGACUUUACGACCAGAGACAUGGACUGCUCUACUCCACCACCGAAUUUUAGGCGGGAUCCGGCGGACGUUCAGACUAGUGUAGCUGCGAGUGUCGACACUACGGCUUUCUCCUCAGGCGAUAAUCCGGUACGUCUUACUGCGUCUAUGGAGAAUCUCUCCAUUACUCUCGCAGCAUCCCAAGUUUCCUCGACCUGCGCCGCCACUCCGGGUGAAGUCGACGUUGUGUCUUCUUGUUCUAGCGGUAGUUCCCCGCCACCAACGAAGCAAAUUAAGCGCACUUUCUGUAGUGGUUUUCCGACACCUUCAGGUUCCUUCCCGUCGCCUCCACCGGGUCCGUCCAAGCCGUGGGCAGUCGCGUCUCUCAGUCAUGACGAUAGCAGUUGGGCCAGUCUCUCAGAAGCAUCAUUAGCAUUCGGUACCUCAUCGCAAUCACUUUGUAACGACCCUUCUUCCUCUAAAGGUUAUGGUAGGGAACGGGGUCGUGGUCCUGAGAGGCGCCUGGCGCAACGUGAGCAGUCCCCAGUUCGCGACGAAGAGUUCAUACCCCGACCAGUACGCAUACCGAGCGAGAUACCGAUCGGCUUCCACCAUUAUUUGAAGCAUUUGCAUCCAUGGGCGAAGUUCGUUAACCCGCGUCCCGUCCGUGUUCUCCGUAGCCCCCAUCUACGGGUAGGUAUCCGGAUGCGGGCGGAAAUUUAUCCGCACCCUCCUCCUUCCGGCUACCUUAAGCUGAGUUUUCCCCGGACGCUGUUCCCCUUAGUCCCGAUACCGGAGGACGGAGUUUCCCCCGCAAUUUCCUUGAUAGAACUGCAGCAUUUAGAGGACAAAAUCGCGUUUCGCCAGCGUUCCUUCCACAUUAUCCAGGAAGUGUUAGCGGGUUCACAUUCAGAUGUUGACGUCGGAUCGGUAGAGAAGACUCCUUCGGGUCGUCACGAUACUGUGACUCUACCACCUAUUGUUGAUCGUAUUAGACCCGUCCUCUACCAAGUAGUUUCAACAGGAUGGGGUUCCGGCGUUAUCCUCGAACCUAAGGACUUUUUCACCGUAGGGCCCGAUCGUCGCGAUUUGCAUUGCAUAAUUCUCGAUCAGCAUGCCAUCAAUGUUGUUAGCUCAUGUGGGGGAUUUGAUAAGUCUAUGGUUUCAGUUAAGGAUUAUGUGUGGGUCUAUGACGUGAAACCCAGUCGCCAGGCGCUCGGCAACCCUAGCGCUGUUUUAGCACAGUCCCGCAUCCCUCGUACGACGGCACUCGAGAAUAACUCAGCUUACUUCUUCAGAGCAGCUCGUUUCGUGUUUGCGUCUCCCGAUACCCUACAGGAGCCUGUCUACGGACUUGUUCUAGGUCUCGUCCGCCGCAGGAAUCGUGUGACCCACCUUCGGGCAGUAUUCGAAGGCGCGCCGGAUGCAGUUUCCCUCACGCCCACUGUUUGCGAUUUCCGUCUCGAUGAAGCUCUUGAAGUCUCUUACGUCAAUUGGCGAAUCAAGUUUCACUAA